UCUUCUUCAUCAUCAUCACCUCUCUCUCUCUCUCUCCCUCUCUCCAUGUUCCAUGUGCUGCUUCCAUGGUUGUCUUGUGCUCACUUCAGCCAGCCAACCCAUCCGCCCAACACGCUCCUCCUUCCGUGUCCCAGGCCGCCCCGCUCCCACUCCCCCGGCAGGCGUCGAGCCCGCAUCUUUGCGCAUCACCCACCUUCCUCUCCAACUCGGCCCUCUCCCCCAGCCUCCUCCUCUUCAGCGACAUCCUACCGUCCCCGCCCGCAACCCUCGGCCCGGGCAUGUCUCGCGCUCGUCACUCUCUCACCCCUCGCAGAUUCCGCCCAACCCCACAGCCCAGCAGCACACGCGCACCCUCUCUGCGUCCCGCUCGGCCGGUCAGCUCAACAACAUGGCGUCACAGCCACUCUCCCAGAACUCGGGACAGCAACAACAAACGCUCCGCGCUCCAAUCAACCCGCCCCACCGCAGCCGCUCCCUCAGACAGCAGACGUAUCACGCGCUCAUGCCCGAGCACGCGACAGUCUCGGACCUCGCGGUGCCGGAGGAAGAUGACUCCAACCUUCCCUCCGGUAAAGCGAGUGGCGAGCUCGCAGUCCUGACCGACCACACCGGACGCCGAUGCAGCAUUAUCGCGAUCAAGCCGAGCGUCGGCCGCAAGGCCAAGUGUCACUACGACCCGUUUGUGCGCCGCCGCACGAUGAUGGCGUUUCCUGACGUCAACAACGACUCGGUCCGUUCAGCUUUAUCGGUCGGCGGGGCUAGUGGCAUCUUUGUGCGCUCCGAGGGCACGUCUCGUACCGCCUUUGAGGACAGAGUCUCGCGCCCUUUCGAGAGUAGAGUCGGGCAGUUUGUGUAAGACGCGUGCAGUACAUGGAUGUAGAGAGGGCGAAAGGCCAUACGGCCGUGUAUACAGCUAGUCCUAUAGUCAGCACCACAUGUGCUAGUGCCCUGUAUGUUGGUGGUCGUUGCGAAGAACUGGUGCAGUGGACGCGCUCAGUACAGCAACUCACGACGCUGUUGUAUAUGAGCCUGUCGCACAUGUUCGUCAGCGUUCCUCAGCG